UUUUAUUACACUUAUUGUCUCUUUCAAGUGAAGUGCCAGUCGUGAUUUUCUGCGAAAGUCACCGUUGCUAAUCGUUUCGACUUUGUUGUGGAGGAAUUAGAAGUGAACAGAAAACGCAUCCGUUUCUGAAAUUUUCGUAGCGGAAACAAAAUCAAUCCAAGAUGUCUAAAGCACCAGCUGUAGGUAUUGAUUUGGGCACGACAUACUCAUGUGUCGGCGUAUUCCAACAUGGAAAAGUUGAAAUUAUUGCCAACGAUCAGGGUAAUCGUACCACACCAUCGUACGUUGCCUUCACUGAGACAGAACGUCUCAUUGGAGAUGCUGCCAAGAAUCAGGUUGCAAUGAAUCCAGUUAACACCAUUUUCGAUGCCAAACGUUUGAUUGGUCGUAAAUUCGAUGAUCCAGCCAUCCAAGCCGAUAUGAAGCAUUGGCCAUUCAAUGUUGUUAAUGUUGAUAGUAAACCAAAAAUUGAAGUUCUUUACAAGGACGAGAAGAAAACUUUCUUCCCCGAAGAGAUCAGUUCUAUGGUUUUGACUAAAAUGAAGGAAACCGCUGAAGCAUAUUUGGGCAAAACUGUCACAAAUGCUGUGGUCACAGUGCCAGCCUACUUCAACGACUCACAACGUCAAGCUACCAAGGAUGCUGGAACAAUUUCUGGAUUGAACGUUCUCCGUAUCAUCAACGAGCCAACCGCUGCCGCCAUUGCUUAUGGUUUGGACAAGAAGGCAGCUGGAGAGCGCAACGUGUUGAUCUUCGAUUUGGGCGGCGGCACUUUUGAUGUGUCCAUCCUCUCCAUUGAUGACGGUAUUUUCGAGGUCAAGUCCACUGCCGGUGACACUCACUUGGGCGGUGAAGAUUUCGAUAACCGCCUGGUGAAUCACUUUGUCCAGGAAUUCAAGCGUAAGCACAAGAAGGACUUGACCACGAACAAGAGGGCUCUACGGCGCCUUCGAACUGCUUGCGAACGCGCAAAGCGUACUUUAUCAUCUUCAACGCAAGCCAGUAUUGAAAUCGAUUCGCUGUACGAGGGAACCGACUUCUACACUUCAAUCACCCGUGCCCGUUUCGAGGAGUUGAACGCUGAUUUGUUCCGCUCCACCAUGGAACCAGUGGAGAAGGCUCUUCGUGACGCCAAGUUGGACAAGUCUACAAUUCACGACAUCGUUCUCGUCGGAGGUUCAACCCGUAUCCCUAAGGUACAGCGCUUGCUCCAGGAUUUCUUCAACGGCAAGGAGUUGAACAAAUCCAUCAACCCCGAUGAGGCUGUAGCCUACGGUGCCGCCGUCCAGGCUGCCAUCUUGCACGGUGACAAGUCACAGGAGGUUCAAGAUCUGCUCUUGCUCGACGUUACUCCAUUGUCAUUGGGUAUUGAGACCGCCGGAGGAGUGAUGAGCGUACUCAUCAAGCGUAACACCACCAUUCCCACGAAGCAAACCCAAACCUUCACCACCUACUCGGACAACCAACCCGGUGUAUUGAUCCAGGUCUACGAAGGUGAACGUGCAAUGACUAAGGAUAACAACUUGUUGGGUAAAUUCGAACUUUCCGGAAUCCCACCAGCACCACGUGGUGUGCCACAAAUUGAAGUUACCUUCGACAUUGAUGCCAACGGUAUUUUGAACGUCACUGCCCUUGAACGCUCCACCAACAAGGAGAACAAGAUCACAAUCACCAACGACAAGGGCCGUCUCAGCAAGGAAGAAAUUGAACGCAUGGUCAACGACGCUGAGAAAUACCGAAGUGAAGAUGAGAAACAGAAGGAAACCAUUGCUGCUAAGAACGCACUCGAAUCUUAUUGCUUCAACAUGAAGGCCACCAUGGAUGAGGAUAACUUGAAGGGCAAGAUCUCCGACUCGGACAAGAUUUUGAUCCUCGACAAAUGCAACGAAACAAUCAAAUGGCUUGAUGCCAAUCAAUUGGCCGAUAAGGAGGAAUACGAACACCGCCAGAAAGAAUUGGAAUCAGUAUGCAAUCCAAUUAUCACGAAAUUGUACCAAGCUGGUGGUGCUCCACCCGGUGGAAUGCCCGGCGGAUUCCCAGGCGGUUUCCCGGGAGGCGCUCCAGGUGCUGGUGGUGCUGCUCCAGGUGGCGCCGGAGGCUCUGGACCAACCAUCGAGGAGGUUGAUUAAACGCCGCGACCACCUUUGUUCCAUUCCAAUGUUAUUUAAACUGAAAAUCUCCUGAUCGCCCAAUUGUUUCAAAUGGGGAUUAUAAACCAAAUAAAAAAAAUUAAUUCGAAAUGAAA